AUGUCGUGGGCAGGAUUGAAGAAGGCCACCGCUCGGGCCACGACCUCGGUCAUGAUGAAGACCGGCCAGGUCGAGAAGACGAACGACGCCGAGUUCCAGAGGGAAGACCAGAUGUAUCGCACGUGAGCCAUCAGCUUGGUUGUGGAAUUACGCGGUCUGCGCUCAUCGUUUUGGGAGAAUGAGCGUCGGCAUCCCGUGGGGGGGGGGGGGGGGCAUUGCUGCGCCUGACUGCGAGGCCGGCAUACUCAUCAGACCCGCUGCAUGCCAUCCACAGACUGGAAAAGAACUCGAACGCAUUGCAAAAGGAAGCCAAGGCCUACCUCGACAGCGUACGACAGGUCUCAGCCUCGUCGACCCGAAUCGCCGGCACGCUCGACCUCUUCUUCGGCUCGGAUGCGGGAGAAUCCGCCAUGUCCGCCAACGCGUACAAGAGGGCCACGGAAGAGAUGGAGGGAGCCGUCGCGAGGGACAUUGAUGCACCGUACCGCGCGACCGUGAUGGACCCGAUAGGCAAACUGUGCUCCCAUUGGCCCGAGGUGAACAAGACGAUCGAGAAGCGGAACAAGAAGGUCAGGCCCGAUCCGAGGGUGGUCCCCAAUACCAGAGGAGUGUAGCGCUGACAGUGUUUGCUCGACUCAAUCAACCCGUCACAGUUGAUUGACUAUGAUGCUGCGAGGUCGAAAGCCAAGAAACUCUCUGACAAGCCAUCGGAUGAUCCGACAAAGUUGCGAAUCGUACGUUCCGGCGAAUCUAGGCAUGCGCUCCGUACGCGUCGAGUGUACAGCCACUGACUCUUGCUUUUCUCUACUCUCCGCAGGCCGAGCAGGAAGCCGAGACAGCAAAAGAGAUUUUCGAGGUGCUCGACCAACAGGUCCGAAACGAUCUGCCCCAGCUUCUCGAUCUGCGUGUGCCGUACCUCGAUCCGUCUUUCGAAUGCAUGGUGGGUUGAGAUCGAGAUGUAGCAUGUUAAUCCAUCUUCAAUUGCGCUGAUAGAUCCGAUCUCGACGACACAGGUUCGAGUGCAAGCUCACUUUGCUUCGGACGGUUAUGAGAAGCUCGGGGGCGUGCAGCGAUAUUUUGCCGACACAGUGCGAGACGACUAUGCCUCGGGCCAAUUGGACGCACAGGUCAGCAUUCCGCAGAUAACCUUGUAUUUCAGGCUCCCCGGAAUGUGUGUGUGUUGACCCUACUCUCGCGUCCAUUUCGAUCUCACAGGUCGAAGGGUGUUUGCAGGAAAUGCGAGAGCUUUCGAUCUGCGGUCUCAACGCCUAG